UCCUUUCAGGCGUUUCCCUUUUACAUUAUCAUCAAGUAUUCACUUCAUAUAACUCAGAUAAUGCACAGGGAUCUAAAGCCUGAGAAUCUCCUGCUUCUGGAACCAAAUAAAGUCGAAACCCUAACAAUUGCAGACUUUGGAUUAGCAACCUACACUAACGUAGAAAAGUAUUCCUAUCCCAUAUGUGGAACUCAAGGCUAUAUGGCACCUGAAAUCACUAAUUACAAAGAUGGAUAAAACAAAUAUAAUGAAUAAAUUGACAUCUAUAGCAUUGGUGUUAUAUUCAAUUGGCUGUAAUUCUGUAAUAAUCUUAGACUAAUCGGUGACAUUGAUAAUAAUAACCCAAAAUUAAAGAAGUUGGAUUCCAUCACAUUGAAUUUACUGAAUAAUCUCUUAAGAAGAAAUCCCAACGAAAGAUUGUCUGCAUAAGCUGCACUUCAUCACCCAUAUUUUCAGAGCGAUGAAACUACGAAGAGGACAUUUCAAUCGGAGUAAGGAUUUGAAAAUGUUGAUUGCGAGACUAUUGUACAACAUGAAGGCUUGAAAACCUAUUAAUUGCCACUCAUGAAGAAACCUCAAGGUUAGACAUGAUUAUUCUUUCUCAAUGUAACUAUACCAAUCUCUAUAUAUAAUUGCUAUUAA